AUGCAGCUGCCCACCCACCUCCUGCCUGUGCUGGUCCUGCUCUCGGCGCAGCCCCUGGGCAGAGCCUUGGUGCCCGGUCCCUGCAAGAGCCCCAUCGAGACACAGUGCAACUUCCUGUGCGACUGCACGGACUGCUCCGACGAGGCCCAGUGCGGCUACAGCAGGGCCUCGCCCGGCCUGGGCACCCCCGUCACCUGCGAUUUUGAGCAAGACAACUGCGGCUGGCAGGACAUCAGCACCUCGGGCUACCGCUGGGUCCGGGACCGUGCCAGGGCACAGCCUGAGGGGCCUGUGGCUCACACCGACCACACACAAGGCACUGACCUGGGCUGGUACAUGGGCGUGGGAACCCACCGCGGGACAGAGGCCGCCGUCGCGGCCCUGCGCUCCCCUGUGCUGCGGGAGGCGGGCCCCACCUGUGAGCUAAGGCUCUGGUACCACGCAGUCUCUGGAGAUGUGGCAGGACUGCAGCUGGAGCUGACCCACAGUGCAGAGACGCUGACCCUGUGGCAGAGCUCGGGACCCUGGAGCUCAGGCUGGCAGGAGCUGGCAGUGACCACGGGCCGCAUCCCGGGAGACUUCCGAGUGACCUUCUCUGCCACCCGCAACGCCACGCACAAGGGUGCUGUGGCCUUGGAUGACGUGGAGUUCUGGGACUGUGGGCUUCCUACUCCACAGGCCAGCUGUGCCCUGGCCCACCACCGCUGCAGGAAUGCAGCCUGCAUAGAGCCCCACCAGCUGUGUGAUGGGGAGGACAACUGUGGGGACAGAUCUGACGAGGACCCGCUCACCUGCAGCCAUCACACAGGCACCAACUUUGAGACGGGCCUGGGCCUGUGGAGCCACACAGAGGGCCCGGCCUGGAACCUCAGCACCAGCGGCCCCAAAGGCUCUGCCUGGCCACGCAGAGACCACAGCCGGAACAGUGCACAGGGCUCCUUCCUGGUCUCUACAGCCAAACCCGGCAACCCAGCUGUCCUCCUCAGCCCCCAGUUGCAGGCCUCAGGCUCCCGAAACUGCUCGCUCAUCUUCUACCACUACCUGCAUGGGUCCAAGGACGCCCACCUUGAACUGCUCCUGUGGAUGCAGGGUCCUGGGGCUCCCCAGGCCCCUGUCCUGCUACGACAUCGACACGGCGAGCUGGGGGCAGCCUGGGUCCGAGACCAGGUGGACAUUCGGAGUGCCCAUCCCUUCCGGAUCCUCCUGACUGGUGAGACGGGCCCUGGAGGCAUCGUGGGGCUGGAUGACCUCAUCCUGUCUGACCACUGCACAGUCAUCCCAGAGACAAGUGCCUGCGACCCACCUAACCCCACUUCCCCUGUAGGGGCUCCUCUGUCUCCUCAGUCCAGCCUGCAGGGUUCCUGCGAGCCGGGGCAGCUGGCCUGCGGGGACCUGUGUGUGCCCCCGGAGCAGCUGUGCGACUUCCAGCCACAGUGCGCCCAGGGCGAGGACGAGCGAGAGUGUGGCACCACAGACUUUGAGGCCGCCGCAGCCGGCGGCUGGCAGGACUCCAGCAUAGGGCGGCUGCAGUGGGGGCGGCAGGAAGCCCAGGGGAUCAGGGCUACAGCAGGACACUUCCUGUCCCUGCAGAGGGCCUGGGGGCAGCUGAGGGCCGAGGCCCGGGCCCUCACACCUGUCCUGGGCCCCUCUGGCCCACACUGUGAACUCCACCUGGCCUACUACUUCCACAGCCACCCUCGAGGCUUCCUGGCUUUGGCCCUGGUGGAGAGCGGCUCCCGGGAGUUGGUGUGGCAGGCCCCAGGGGACAGCUCUGGGGCCUGGACAGUGGUCAGGGUCCUCCUUGGGGCACAUCGCCGGCCCUUCCAGCUGGAGCUGGUUGCACUGGUGGACGUGGAGGCCCCCGGCCUGCAAGGCGCUGGGAUAGACAACGUGACUAUGAGGGACUGCAGCCCUACAGUGACCACUGAGACAGACAGAGAGGUCACCUGUAACUUCGAGUGGGGAAUGUGUGGCUGGCACUUGGGCCACCUCACAGAUGUCCACUGGCGCAGGGUGGAGAGUCACAGCUCUGGGAAUGACCACACCACUGGUCAAGGCUUUUUCAUGCUUCUGGACCCUGCAGAGCCUCCUGCCCGUGGGCGACAUGCCAACCUGCUCACGGGGCCCCAGGUGCCAGCAGUCCCUGAGCAGUGUCUCAGCUUCUGGUUCCAGCUGCAUGGGCCCCGGAUUGGGACGCUGCGGCUGGCCAUGCAGAGGGAUGGGGAGGAGGAAAUUCAGCUCUGGUCUGGGUCAGGCACCCACGGCAACCGCUGGCACCAGGCCUGGGCUACCCUGCGCCACCAGCUGGGGCCCAGCUCCAAGUACCAGCUGCUGUUUCAGGGCCUCCGGGAUGGGUACGACGGCAUCAUGGCACUAGACGACGUGACCGUGCGCCCUGGCACCUGUCCAGCUCCCCAACGCUGCUCCUUUGAGGAGUCCACCUGCAGUUUCUCCACGGGUGGGCAGGGCUUGUGGAAGCGCCAAAACAGCGCCUCAGGCACUGCCACCAAGGGCCCCUGGGCAGACCACACUACAGAGACAGCCCAAGGGCACUACAUGAUCGUGGCUACAAGCCCAGACAUGCUGCCCCAGGGCCAUGUAGCCUCUCUGACCUCGGAGGAGCACCAGCCUCUCCUCCAUCCCACCUGCCUGACCUUCUGGUACCACCUGAGCCUGCGCAGCCCAGGCACUCUGCGGGUCCGAGUGGAAGAGGGCAGACAGCACCAGACCCUCAGCAUCAGUGAGCACGGUGGGCCUGCCUGGCGCCUGGGCAGUAUGGAUGUGUGGGCUGAGCAGGCGUGGAAGGUGGUGUUCGAGGCAGUGGCUGCAGGUGUGGAACACUCCUACGUUGCGCUGGAUGACAUCCUCCUCCAGGACGGGCCCUGCCCUCAGCCAGGGUCCUGUGACUUCGAAUCUGGUCUGUGUGGCUGGAGCCAGGUGGCAUGGCCAGGCCUGGGUGGGUACAGCUGGGACUGGAGUAGUGGUGCCACCCCAUCCCGGUACUCCCAGCCUGCCAUGGACCACACUCUGGGCACUGAGACAGGGCAUUUUGCCUUCUUUGAGACCAGCGUGUUGGGUUCUGGGGGGCGUGCGGCCUGGCUGCGCAGUGAACCCCUGCCGGCCACAAAGGCCUCCUGCCUCCGCUUCUGGUACCACAUGGGCUUCCCGGAGCACUUCUACAAGGGCGAGCUCCGAGUGCUCCUGGUCAGCACCAGGGGCCAGCUGGUGGCAUGGGCCCAGGGUGGGCAGCUAAGACACCAGUGGCUGGAGGCCCAAGUGGAGGUGGUCAGCAGCGAGGAGUUCCAGGUGGUGUUUGAAGCUACUUUGAGCGGUCAGCCGGUGCAGGGGCCCAUCGCCUUGGAUGACAUCGAGUAUCUGCCCAGGCAGCACUGCCAGUGGCCUGCACCGAGCCCAGAGGACACAGCAGUGCCCAUGUCGGUGGCAGCUGCAGUCAGCGGGGCCCUCGUCUUCCUGACUCUCCUGGUGCUGCUGGGACUCACGGGGUGGUGCUGGCUGCGGAAGGGAGGGGGCUGGCCCUUCUGGAGGAACAGGCACUCUGCAGCCCCUGGCUUUGACAACAUCCUCUUCAAUGCGGAUCAAGUCACCCUGCCUGCAGCUGUCACCGGUGACCCAUAGAUCAUCGGAGCUGCCCCUGGCCCUUCCUGGGUCACCUCCGCACACACUCCGGCCCAAGGCCAGACAGCUAUGGCCCUGUCCAGUGGGGUGGCUGGAGGUCCCUACCUCACGAAUAAACACCCCACCCCUC